AGCAAUCAGUUUCCUGAGUUGGCCAUUUAUGUGGAGACAGAGAUUAAGGUUAUCGAACACGAGUUGCUUUCAUUGCACAAGGUGAUGGUUAAAUUGGAAUUAGAGAUGAAAGAAGCAAUGGACACUGAAGGUUAGUUUCCUAUUUUUUACCUUUGCACGAGUCAAUAUAUAAAAACUAACAUAUUUGCUACAAACGUGCAGAGCAGUGAUUUUCGAGAGCCACUAUCCUUAAUCCCUAGCUUCGAACCUUUCCAGCUGUUCACUUUUGUCAAAUAGCAGCCGAACUCUCCUGUCAGUUGAGAGGAAUCUUUCGGGGUUCAAAGUGCUUGGUUUCUCUCACGCAACGCUAAAGAAAAACAGUUUCUCUCCUAGGAAGACGUCAAGUUUGGAAACAAUUAUCCGGGUAUACCGUCGUGCCUAAUCACAAAUUAAUAACUUACUAAACACAACUUAAAUGCAGCCUUCUUUCCCUUUUUAGAUUGUGAGGCUGAGUUUGAAAGCUUAUCACUUGACUGGUUAGCGCUAAAUAAGUUCCGUUCUGAACUUGACGAAAGGAAACAAGAUCUUCUCACUCUGUUAGUACAUCUUAUCCUUACUAAGCUGUUUUAAACCUUGCUCGAUAGUUGGGAACAAGUCAAUAUGCCAAAUUAUGGUAAUACAUAUUCAAUAACCAGAACGAAUGUUUUAAAUUAAACACAUAUAAGCACUCCUUUUUUCAUUAAGCAUUUUAAUUCCUUGCAUUGUAUUUCCAUUUUAAAGUUUAUCGUAUUAAAGCCUUAUCUUUCGUCUCUGUUGUUUUUAGUUCCAGACAGCAAAACCGGAAAGAGUGUUUGAAAUUCUUACGUCAGGACCUUAAAUACCUGUUUGAAGUCAAAGGUGAGAAUCAAUUUCUAAGUUAGUUCUUCAAUGUGAUAGUACUAAGUUCUUUUGUAUGAUGUUAAACAAGUGUUCUGUUACCAACACCUGGGUUUUUUUAUGCAAUCUUUUAUUUGUCUGUUAUCAUAUGGUGAGUGAUGUUUUAUUACGUUUUCUGCGGCAGGUUGGAAGAAAACCAGGGGACACAAAGAUCAGGAAAAGAAUGUCCUGGAUCUUAUCCUCAAGUUGACCAACAUGGCCUGA